AAAGUCUAUCCUAAACACAACAUCACCUUUUCUCUGACUUAGCUGACUCCCACCACUGUCCCCCCUCACUCUCCCCUAACCUUUGCUUUCCCAUAAUUAAACAUCCAUAGUUAAAUUCUCACCCUCUCUCUCUCUCUCUCUCUCUCUCUCUCUCUCCAUUUCCUUUUCUCCAUUUGUUUUGGCAAAAACAAAAGAAACCCACAAGCUUGCUUGCCUUGCUUUGUCUUGUGAUGAUCUGCCAUACAAGGAAAAGUACAACUUGGGCAGAUGUCUCCAAUUUGUAUGCAGUUUUGUUUCUCGAUACCUUCAAGAUCAAGCUAAGCUAAAUUGCCAGUCAGCUUCACUUGCUAGCUCUUGAGGAUGGACUCCUUUGCUGGUGUAUUUAUGCUGAUUCAUAUCCAUGAUCUGCAUAAAUGCAAGCAAAGAUCAUCUAGCAUUCAUGGAUAGUAGUUCGAACAGGCUCGAUCUGGUUAUUGCUCAGACACUCUAUAAUGCAAAGUAGCUCUUCAUUAUACAAUUCAACUUCAAUAUGAAACCUACCAUUGAUCUUGAAGUGGAGGCUGCCUCUGAAAAUGAUUCUGAGGUCAACAGCCAAGUAGCUUCCAACUUAUCCGUCCAUGAAACUUCUUCAGGUCCCUCCAAUGACAGCCUCACUAACUUUUCCAAUCUCACUAAUGCUAUAGCUGCACCUGCUGGUUCGGAACCAGUUUCCCUAGACUUAACCCUUUGCUUCAAUAAUGAUAGAAUAGAAGGAAGGGAGUCAACAGGACGCUCACUGUCAAGCACCAGCGAAAGUAGCAAUGGACCUGUUCGAACUACUGCAGCGGCCAUACCCCGAGUGUUUUCAUGCAAUUAUUGUCAGCGGAAAUUCUUCAGCUCACAGGCACUUGGUGGUCACCAGAAUGCACAUAAGAGGGAGAGAACACUAGCAAAGAGAGCAAUGAGGAUGGGCAUUUUCUCUGAAAGGUAUGUCAGCCUGGCAUCUCUGCCGUUACAUGGAUCUUCAUUUAGGUCCCUGGGAAUCAAGGCACACUCUUCAGUGCAUCAGAACUUUUCACCACCUGUAAGGCCACAAGAUAACAGAAAUACUGCAAGAUUUGAUCAGGGUUACCUUGGUUUGCCGAUAUUUGUGGAUGAUGAUGAGGCAGAGCUGUUGUGGCCAGGUAGUUUCCGCCAGGUAGCUGAGGCAGACGAUACACAUCAUAGUUUUGUACUCGCAGAAAAUUCAAAUAUGAAUAUUUUAGAGGAAAUUCCAUCAGCAAGCUUAGACAAUUCCAUGCCAGACCUCACAUUGAAACUUUGAGCCCUUCAGGACUAGCUUCAGUAAGUCAGCUUUAGUACUCUCUCUCUCUCUCUGUAUAGCAAGAUGUGCAUGAGCCAUGGCUCAGCAUUGAUUCUUACAAGUACUUAUUUAAAAUUUUCACUUCGUUGUAUGUCAGUUCAUAAGAGCUUCACAAGGAUUAUUUCGGAGCUUCGAUGCUUGUUCCGAUUUAUAUGAUGCUUGUUUGAUCA